AUGAAGGUGACCGAGGCCGGUGAAAAGAUCGACCUCAACCAAAAAGAUUGGCCUCUGAAUUAUAAUAAGCUGAAGGAAGAGAACGGGAAUGAAGAGAAACCACGCGAAUUGCAUUCUGUAGAGUUCUUGUUCAAAGACAAGGAGAUCCCGCCAUGGCAAAGCCAACUCACAUUGAGAGCUGUAGUUGUGAGUUGCGCAAUGGGAGCUUUCUUAACCAUUUUCGUCGUCAAGAUGGACCUGAUGUUCGGGGUAAUCCCUCCAGUGAACCUCUUUGCUGGAUUCUUAGGCUUCCUCCUCAUAAAGACAUGGACAAAGUUAGUGAGCGCAGCUGGCUUCGUGGGUCAGCAAUUCACGAGGCAAGAGAAUGCCGUCAUUCAAAUAUGCGUUAACGCGGCCAUCAGCACUGCUUAUAAUGGAGGCUUUGCAAGCUAUCUUAUUGCCAUGAGUGACACUGUCGCGAAGCAAUUCCCCGAACCAUUCAAUGCUGAUGACAUCAAGAAUCCCAGCUUCGGGUGGAUGACAGUGCUUCUUUUGCUCUCUAGUACUGCCGGCCUACUCACUAUAUUGCCUUUUCGAAAGGUGGAGACCUACUCUCUCACAAUGCUCACACAAGUUGGCAAGUUAGCUUGA